CUUCUUCUCCUCUCCCCUCCCACUCUUCUUUCUCUUUCUCGGCUGCAUAUUCCUCCUCACCUCUACUCGGCCUCGCAUACCUGAAGGAAACCUCAUUUCCUUCAUAAGCCCAUAUUUAGGCGACCAGUCCGUGAGCUCGAGAGUUGUUGCAAGCGCGCUGACACCUCUCAACGGAUUCCCAAGCUUGACACGCCAUUGAAGCUUGGUGGCCCCCCGCCUCAAUUAUACUUUCAUCCUCUGGCAAAAUCACUUGGCAGAUAAGAUUCAAACAGCAAACAAAAUGCCUUCCACCUCGGGGCCCUUGACGCCGGGCCUGGCGUCUUUCCUCAAGACUUUGAAGACCAAUCCGAUUGACACAUCCAUUGACAAUUUGAUCUCGCUUCUGAAGCGCAGACAAAUCCGUCAUUCCAGAUCGUGCGCUACUGCGACCGCUUACCUCCUGCGCAGCGUCAUUUCAGCUUCCAGAACAAAUGACGCCAACAAAUUGAUCGAGAGAGUGCAGUAUGUGGGAAGGCGGCUUAUGGCAGCUCAGCCCAGGGAGAUGGUGGUUGGCAACAUUGUCAGGCGCGUGCUCGGAUUAAUUCGUGACGAGGCCGAGGACGACCGCGAGGGCGAUUUCAACCUAAGUGAAGCCGGCUCUGAGAGCCAGCCCCAGACUCCUCGUGGUCUUGAUGACCCAACGGACGCUCUCUCCGCUCGCCAUGAGGGCUCCGACCGUGGAGCCUCGAGAAAUCCCCUCCCCGCCCUGACGGCCGCCCCGAUAUCUAUGUUCAGUCUGCUUUCGCACCCCGAGCCCGAGAACUCUUUGCCCGGAACUCCCGUAUCCGCAUCACCCUCUGGUCGGUGGUUGGGAUUCGGACACGGCCCCAGCAAAGAUAUUCGGGCUGAAGUUCUGGACGGUAUUGGCGAGAUUAUCGAUGAGUUGGGCCAGGUAGACGAUCAGAUUGCGGCUUAUGCCCUGGACCACAUUCACUCCAACGAAAUCAUUCUCACCCACACCUCAUCUACUACGGUGCAAAAGUUCUUGUUGAAGGCGGCUGCUAAGCGGAAGUUCACGGUCAUCCACGCCGAGUCCUACCCCAACAACCACGAAGCGACCCACGCGACUGUCAGCGGUGCCAAUCCCCACGACGAUGAACUCCUGAGCACCGAGUCCUUCCAAAAGCCUUUGAUUGCCUUAGGCAUCACCGUCAUUCUUAUCCCCGACUCCGCGGUCUUCGCGCUCAUGUCCCGUGUCAACAAGGUUAUUCUGGGCACGCAUUCAGUCCUUGCCAACGGCGGUUUGGUCGCCGCCGCCGGCACUCGGGUCAUUGCUCGCGCCGCCAAGGUACAUCAGACGCCCGUCGUGGUGGUGAGCGGUGUGUACAAGCUGAGCCCGGUGUAUCCGUUCGAUUUCGACUCGUUGAUCGAGUACGGAGAUGCCAGCAAGGUCAUCAGCUACGAAGAUGGUGACUUGGUGGACCAGAUUGAUGUGCAGAACCCGCUGUACGACUAUGUUCCGGCCGAGCUGAUCGACCUUUACAUCACUAACUUGGGAGGCCAUGCGCCCUCUUAUCUGUACCGUAUCGUGUCGGAUCACUACCGCAAGGAGGAUAUCAGCGUCUAGGGACCGGAACAGAAGGGAAGAAUCAACGAAACAUAAAAUCAACAAUUGCAAAAGAAAAUGGGGAUUUGACGAACAAUUGGAUCUCUUAUGGCUGGAAAAGUUCACAUACCAGUAUGGAUAUAAAAGGCGUAAGG